AAAUAACUGAUGUUUCAAAUUUAAAACAAAUUUCACCUAUUCUUCUGCAGACCUGACGGAAGUAAACCUUCAGCACAAAUUCUGAUGUUGGUUGGCAGAACCUCUGUCUUCUUUGCACAAUUAGCGCCGUUAUUGUUCGCGAGCUGCGCCUGAGACUCCAUUUCCCAGGUGGCGCCGGGGCUUCAGCGCAUGCGCGUGUGUGGGUGUGCACGAUUCCGGGUGGUGAGGGGUAUGCUGGGACUUGUAGUCCUCCAUGCUUAACCGCCACUGAGCCGCCUCCUGUCGCCUCAGCCGCGUUCCGGAGGUGAACGGACCGGCAAUUGGCGCCAUAGCGCGGCACCGAGACGACGGACCCCCGUUUAUUCUCGGGUACGGAUUGAACAGAUAUGCGGGGACACUGCACUUCACGUCCACAGAGCGACCCAUUGCCCCGGUAGGCAGGAUUGCUGCCUUUCACACAGCAAGUGCUGCGCGACAGCCCGGCGAUAUGGCAACGAGGAGCGAGUGGCCGUGCACCCGCUGCACCUUCCUCAACCCCAGCGUGUUGCGGCAGUGCUCCAUCUGCGAGGCCCCGAGGGAGCGGCCCGACUUCAGCGACAUCCUGCGCCUCAGCACCGAGGAGCAGCAGUGGCCCUGCACCCGCUGCACCUUCAGGAACUCCAUGCACAAGGGGCAGUGCGACGUGUGCGACUCGCCGCAGACCCCCACGCCGCCCAUGCCUCCCCUCGCCGCCUCCAACGGCCUCUCUCUGGGCCUGGCGGCGGCGGAGCAACGGGGCUGCGGCCUGCAGGAGCCGGGCCGCUUGGCCAACGGCGACGCCGACGGCAGCAGCUGUGAGGAGAUGGCGCCGGACGAGACGAAGGCCUGGGCCUGCCAGCGCUGCACCCUCCACAACACGCCCUCGGCCAACUCGUGCUCGGCAUGCGGGGGGCCGCGCAAACUCUCGCUGCCCAAGAUCCCACCCGAGGCCCUGGUGGUGCCCGAGGUAAUGACGCCCGUCGGCUUCCAGCUGCCGUCGGGCCCCCCAACACCGGCCGCCCCCCAGCUCAGCGACCCGCCCGAGAGCGACCCAUCGCCCGCACGCAACGCAGCCAUCGACCCUGACAGCCCCAGGUCCCCGGUGCUCAGCCCGCUCUCUCCCUUGGUGCAGAACAACCCGGUGCCCCGCAGCCGCAGGGAGGUGCCACCAGCCGCCAAACCCAAGCCACCGCCGGCGGACCCCACUGCCCAGCCUGCUCCCAGCACGUCGGCCCCCGCCGCCAGGGUCACGGCCCAGGGACAGGUCAAACCCGCCGCCAAGCUGCAGGAACUGUUCUGCUCCAAGAGGCUGAGCAUUCUGGACGAGGAGAUGGAGGUGUCGCCCAGCCAGUGGAAGUGUACGUCCUGCUCCCACGUCAACUCCGCCGCCCGGGCCAAGUGUGAAGCCUGCAAGGUAGCCAGAGCCGGAGACAUCAUUGACCUCACCGGAGACUCGGUCAGAUUCACCCCCUUCAGCCCCUCCAGCCCAGACUUCACCGUAUGGACCUGCUCCAAGUGCACUCUGAAAAAUCCCACCGCCGUCCAAAAAUGCACUGCCUGCUGUACGUCCAAGCUGCACGGUUUCCAAGAACACGGUCACGGCGAGCGAGGGCCCAGGUGCCCCGAGUGCAGCGUGGAGAGGGCUGUGAGCGCGUCCGCCUGCCCCGCGUGUGGGAGCCGGGCGGCAGCCGCACGCAAGCCCAUCAAACUCUUACCCGUGCAGCAGCCCUGCUCCCGGGAGAAGCCCAACGAGUGGUCCUGCCCCGCCUGCACUCUCCUCAAUGACUUGAAGGCAAAACAUUGUGCAGCUUGCCACACUCCUCAGCAGUACCUGACGCUGAGGAAAGGCUCCAAGCCAUUGAAGAGGAGGGAGAGCAUUCUGGUGGAAGCACGGAGGAAGACCGACGAGGGCGAGGCCAAGGAGUUGUGGGAGAACAUUGUGAAGUUCUGCCAGGAGAACCAUGUGAAUUUUGUGGACGACAGCUUUCCGCCGGGCCCGCAGUCGGUGGGCUUCCCUGACGGAGACAGCGUGCAGCAGCGGGUGAAGCAGUGGCUACGGCCCCAUGAGAUCAACUGCACCACUUUCAAAGACCGCAACGUCAAGUGGUCCAUCUUCAGGACGCCGCGACCCUCCGACAUCUCACAGGGGCUGCUGGGCAACUGCUGGUUUCUGAGUGCUCUGGCCGUGCUGGCUGAACGGCCCGAGCUGGUGGAGAGGGUGAUGAUCACUCGUGCCCUCUGCCUGGAGGGGGCCUACCAGGUACGGCUGUGCAAGGACGGCACAUGGAUAACCGUGCUGGUGGAUGACAUGCUGCCCUGCGAUGAAUACGGUUACCUCCUCUUCUCUCAGGCGCAGAGGAAGCAGCUGUGGGUGGCGUUGAUCGAGAAGGCUCUGGCCAAGCUGCACGGCUCCUACUUUGCGCUGCAGGCCGGCCGGGCCAUCGAGGGGCUCGCCACCCUGACCGGUGCCCCGUGCGAGAGCCUGAUGCUGCAGGUCAGUUCCACCAACCCCCGCGAGGAGCCCAUCGACACCGACCUCAUCUGGGCCAAGAUGCUGAGCUCCAAGGAAGCUGGAUUUCUGAUGGGGGCUUCUUGCGGAGGUGGCAACAUGAAAGUCGACGACACGACGUACGAAGCCACGGGUUUGCGGCCUCGCCACGCCUACUCCAUCCUCGACGUCAGAGACGUGCAAGGCUACAGGUCACUUGACCUCAGUCACGAGGCUCAUGCACGAGUUUCUGAUCCUGAGCUGCUGUCUCCGCUCAGGCUGUUGAGGCUGCGGAAUCCUUGGGGCCGAUUCUCGUGGUGCGGCAACUGGUCGGACGAUUGGCCGGACUGGCCGCAGCACCUGCGGCACGAGCUGAUGCCACACGGCGGCAGCGAGGGCUUCUUCUGGAUCGAGUACUCCGACUUCAUCAAGUAUUUUGAUUCCGUUGACAUCUGUAAGAUUAAGUCUGACUGGCACGAGGUGCGACUGAUGGGGACGUUCCCGAACCGAACAAACGGCCCAGUGACGGUGACGGCACUGACGGUGCUCGAGCCCACUCUCCUGGAGUUCCAGCUCUUCCAGGAAGGCAGCAGGCGCUCGGACACGUCGGACAGCCACCUGCUGGACCUGUGCAUCAUGGUGUUUCGAGCUUCCUUCUCCAGCGGCAACAAGCUGGCCCUGGGCAGGCUGAUGGCGCACAGCAAGCGGGCGGUGAAGAAGUUUGUGGGUUGCGACGUGGCGCUGGAGCCCGGGGAGUAUUCCGUUGUGUGCUGCGCCUUCAACCACUGGCAGAUGUCCAUGCCCGGCCUGCCCUCUCCGUCGCCUUCACUGUCCCCGGCAGCAGGAGUUGCCAGCCCGACCAGCAAUAACCGCAGCUUCCCCGAGUUCCCCGGACACAUCCUGGCCGUCUACAGCUCCAAGCCCGUCAUGGUGGAGCAGGUGAACUCCCAGCCCAGCACCCUGGCGGACGCCGUCAUCCUGCUGACCGAACACAAGGGCGAGAGGCACGAGGGUCGCGAGGGCAUGACGUGCUACUACCUGACGCACGGCUGGGCGGGGCUGAUCGUGGUGGUGGAGAACCGGCACGACAAGUACUACCUGCACGUGUCCUGCGACUGCUCCGACAGCUUCAACGUUGUAUCCACCCGCAGCAGCCUCAAGACCACUGACAGCGUGCCGCCCCUGCACAGGCAGGUGCUGGUGGUUCUGUCCCAGCUGGAGGGGAACGCUGGUUUCUCCAUCACCCACCGGCUGGCUCACCGCAAAGCCGCGCAGCCCUCGCUGGGGGAGUGGGCAUCGGGCCGUGGCACCCACUGCCCCCCCCUCACUCCCGACGUGGCCGGCCUGCACACCCCCCGGCCACUCUGACCCCCCCCCCCCGGCCUCUGACCCCCGACACCAUCUGACCUCCGCUCCGGCCCCUCUGACCCCAUGGGGGCGGUCCUAGCUACAGCCUGCAGCAUCGCUACCCCCCGUCACUGUAACCCCCCCGCCCAGACCCCAGCAGCAGAGGUUUGCCCCCAACCUCCCCCACCCCCUCAUCGUGCACCCCCUACCAACCUAUCCCCUUUCCCAGGAUCUCCCUGUCCUCGCGAUCACCCCUCUCUGGAACCUGUCCCACCCCCACAUUGGGAUCCCCUACACAGGACCAUGAGACCCCCCCCCCCCACUUCAAAUCAGAACCACUCCAUCGCACUGUUACACUGACGGGCUGAAUCACUCUUGGAUCUGCACUGAAAGCCUCAUGAAACCUGCUCCCUCCUCCCGCCCUCAGUAACCCUCCCCCCUCUCUGCAGCCCCCAGUGUGGGUCCACUCCCUGAUCCCCCCCAACAUCCGGGAGCCCCAGCCACACAUGGGCAGCUCCCGUCUCCGACCAACAACCAAUCUCUCGGUGAACGUUCGCCCGGCUCAGUCCCCUCUGCACAGGGAAAUGUAACAAGAGACAGCACCUCCCCUCAUCCCACUCACUGUUACACUGGUAUCCUUGCUGAAUGAAAGAGUGUGGAGGAUGUCUCAGUGAGCCUCUCUACUCUGGGCUGAUCUCUGAUCUCUGAUGUGGGGAUCAAGACCAGGCUGGGCAGAGUGCCCCUGGUCGCAGACGCCAAUCCCCACUGAUCAACUCUAGGAGCCCGAUCCAGGGUUAGAAACGCCCCUUACUUUCCACACCUCAGCCAGAAAAUCACUGUGGACAAUUCUUCACUGAUUUUCUUUUUUUCCUUAAGAAACACUUGAGAAAAACUUGAGAAUUUACAGCCCCUUCUGGAAACUAGGAGCAGGUUUCUGUGGUUCCUCGGCCCAAGAGCGAUCCCUUGACUGGGUCUCCCCCACCCACGGUGUGUCCGGAGCACAGACCCUGAUGCUCCCGGCAGAGCCAGCAUUGUGAAUUCCCUACAGACCCGGCAGCCCUCUCCCCCAUCAGCCACCCUCUCCCCCCAGCCCCUAUCCCCUCCACCCCUCUCCCUUCCACCCCCACAGCCUCCUACCCCUCCCCUCCCCUGCCCCCCCCACCUCUCCCCACCGCAGCCUCAGCCAAGGGGAGUUGCCGGCCGUGACCCUCCGCAGUGGGCAAGAGAGAAUCCUCAGCCGUGACUUCAGUCUCCUACAACUGGAAAACUAGAAAAUGGAGAAUUUUAUGGAUUUUAGAGUCUAUAUAUAUAUAAAAAUAUAUAUAUAAAAUAUAUAUAUAUGUAUCAUGUAGUUUCAAAAAUCUCAGGUUCCAAUGGACCAAAUAAAUUUUGUUUUUUAAUUA